AUGACGACGAUCACCACUACCACCAGGACCGAGACAACGUUAGGACGAAGGGGCCCAAGCCGACCGGGCACAGCGCAGUCGGCCGUGUCGGUCUACCCCGUUCCGCCGCCAACGUCCAACACGCUCACCGGCGCCCAACGCGCGCGUCUGGUGCGCUCCGCGAACAAGAUCGGGCGCGUGCUCGGGAGCACGCCGCGCCUCGUCGAUUUCGAUGAAUCGACGGUGUCGCAAGGUCACAGGCGGCACGCGACGACGACGAGCUCGCGGAGGUAUCCGCGCACGCCUGUACCGGGCGCCGCCGGCGCGCGGUUCAACACCGUGAUCGACGUCGGGGGCGGAUCGUCGCGCGCGCACUCGAGGACCGGGUCCGCGUCUUCUACCGCGUCCUCGUCCUCCGCCUGGUCUGCCAGCGCCGCGUCCGCGUCCUCGCGGACCGCCGAGACGUCCGUGUCGUCGUCGUCCCUGUUCUCCGUGUCGCCCGCAGAGGAGGAGCUGAUGUCCGAGUUUGGCGAGCUCACGACGGAUGCGACGACGACGGAGACGUGGAGGACGAGGCAUGCGAGCCCGACGGAGCGUAGGCCGCCGUUGUUGAGGCUGGCGCUCGGGCUUCGCGCGCGCGCGCCGGUCGGGUCGAGGUCGGGGAGGGCCGCGGCGGCGGCUGUGAGGCCCGGGUUGGCGACCGUGCCGGCGUCGCCGUUGUUUGCGAUGGAUGGAGAGCCAGAGGAGGGGGAGGGGGAGGAGGGGGUGGGGGCGGUCGAGGCGCCGACGUUUAGGAUACGAACGGAGGCGAGCGAGAGGAGGGCGAAGAUGGAGAGGGUGAGGAGGCUGUUGGGCGAGUGCGUGCCGGUCGAGCUCGUGUUUCCGACGCGGGAGGAAGGGGACGACGACGGGCCGGAUAGUCCGUCGACGGACUCGUCGUCGGAGAAGGUGGAGGUGAGGGUGACGAGGAACGGCGACGCGCGGUGCGUGAGGCGCCGCGGGGGUGGUGCGGAGAAGUGGACGUUGGAGGCGAUCGAGGAGUGUGCCGGGGAGGAUGAUCGCCGCCGCGGGCGGCCCUGA